AUGGGGCAGUCGGGGCGGUCCCGGCACCAGAAGCGCGCACGCGCCCAGGCUCAGCAGCGCAACCUCGAGGCCUACGCCGCGCAGCCGCACUCGUUCGUGUUCGCCCGGGGCCGCGCGGGUCGCGGCGUCCGGCAGCUCAGCCUGGACCUACGGCGGGUCAUGGAGCCGCUCACCGCCACCCGCCUGCAGAUACGAAAGAAAAAUUCUCUGAAGGAUUGUGUGGCAGUGGCUGGGCCCCUAGGGGUCACUCAUUUCCUGAUACUGAGCAAAACGGAGACUAAUAUCUACUUUAAGCUGAUGCGCCUCCCAGGAGGCCCCACCUUGACUUUCCGGGUCAACAAGUACACACUGACACGUGACGUGGUCUCCUCGCUGCGCCGCCACCGCAUGCACGAGCAGCAGUUCACCCACCCUCCCCUCCUGGUGCUCAACAGCUUCGGGCCCCUUGGCAUGCACGUGAAGCUCAUGGCUACCAUGUUCCAGAACCUGUUCCCUUCCAUCAACGUGCACAAGGUGAACCUGAAUACCAUCAAGCGCUGCCUUCUCAUCAACUACAACCCUGACUCCCAGGAACUGGAUUUCCGCCACUAUAGCAUCAAAGUUGUCCCUGUGGGCGCAAGUCGUGGGAUGAAGAAGCUUCUCCAAGAGAAGUUCCCCAACAUGAGCCGCCUGCAGGACAUCAGCGAGCUGUUGGCCACGGGUGCGGGACUGUCGGAGAGUGAGGCAGAGCCCGACGGCGAACACAACAUUACAGAGCUGCCCCAGGCCAUCGCAGGGCGCGGCAACAUGCGGGCCCAGCAGAGCGCCGUGAGGCUUACUGAGAUCGGACCUCGGAUGACACUGCAGCUUAUCAAGAUUCAGGAGGGUGUCGGGGAGGGGAACGUGCUCUUCCAUAGUUUCGUGCACAAGACAGAGGAGGAGCUGCAGGCCAUACUGGCAGCCAAGGAGGAGAAGCUGCGGCUGAAGGCCCAGAGGCAGGACCAGCAGGCCCAGAAUGUCCAGCGUAAGAAGGAACAGCGAGAGGCCCACAGGAAGAAGAGCCUGGCGGGCAUGAAGCGGGCCCGGGCAGAGGCCGAUGGGGACAGCGAUGCUGAGGACCCCGGGGCCCCCCCAGAGGCAGACAGAGCUGGCCAGCAGGAGGAGGAGGAUGAAGCUGAGUAUUUCCGCCAAGCCGUGGGCGAGGAGCCUGACGAAGACAUGUUCCCAAAUGCCCGGCGGAGACGGUCCACCAGGCCUCCGAGCAAGAAGCAGCGCUUAAAGCAGCAGAGGCCAGACCGGGGCAGUGACCACAGGCCUCCGAAAGCCAAGGGCAGGCCCCGGGGGACCCAAGCCAAGGGGCCUCGCGGGGCUGUUCAGAACUAUGGCCGAGGCCGAGCACAGCGACCCAAGAGAGUGGCCUGA